UUUCCGGGCGCGGCCAGGACCCAGCUUCCGGCGUCCGUUGGGACGCUGCGGGGAUUUUUAUCCCGGCUGAGAGGACCCUGCGGCCAGCGUGGCUGGCUGGUUUUGCCGUUAGUGGGGGCGUUUCCUGAGGACGGCGUACGGAGUGUGGGGAAUGAAGGAUGGCAGCACGCCGUGCAUUAAAAGCUGUUUUGGUAGAUCUCAGUGGCACACUUCACAUUGAAGAUGCAGCUGUGCCAGGCGCACAGGAAGCUCUUAAAAGAUUACGUGGUGCUUCUGUAAUCGUUAGGUUUGUGACCAAUACGACCAAAGAGAGCAAGCAAGACCUGUUGGAAAGGUUGAGAAAAUUGGAAUUUGAUAUCUCUGAAAAUGAAAUAUUCACAUCUCUGACUGCAGCCAGAAGUUUACUAGAGCAGAAACAAGUCAGACCCAUGCUGCUAGUUGAUGAUCGGGCACUACCUGAUUUCAAAGGAAUACAAACAAGUGAUCCUAAUGCUGUGGUCAUAGGAUUGGCACCAGAACAUUUUCAUUAUCAAAUUCUGAAUCAAGCAUUCCGGUUACUCCUGGAUGGAGCACCUCUGAUAGCAAUCCACAAAGCCAGGUAUUACAAGAGGAAAGAUGGCUUAGCCCUGGGGCCUGGACCAUUUGUGACUGCUUUAGAGUAUGCCACAGAUACCAAAGCCACAGUCGUGGGGAAACCAGAGAAGACAUUCUUUUUGGAAGCAUUGCGAGGCACUGGCUGUGAACCUGAGGAGGCUGUCAUGAUAGGAGAUGAUUGCAGGGAUGAUGUUGGUGGGGCUCAGGAUGUUGGCAUGCUGGGCAUCUUAGUAAAGACUGAAACAAGAAAUGUAGAUGGAGCUACAAUUGAAUAAGAAGUAUAUGGUGAGGUCUGUACAAAGAGUGAAAACACUGUCUGCUUGUGCCUGAGGCCUGAAUUGAACCACUGGAGCCUUGCAGAUAUUAACACCAGUCACUCCAGAAUUAACACAGUGGGUUUUUUCGAAUGUCUCAGUCAAAAUGAUCACCUUUCCAGGAACAUAACAGCCCUGUGAUGUAAGCAGAAAAGAGGAAGAAUGAAAUAAAAUAUGGAAAAGUAGCCACACUCACCAGCCUCCAUGUAUCUUUCUUUUCAGAUUUCUGCCUUUUGCUGUUUUAUUUUCUCAUUAUUGAAGAAAUCCUGAGAUAACUAUUUUUGCUCUUGUGUAUUAUUCCCAUGAGUGUUUUUUUGUUUGUUUGUUUGUUUGUUUGUUUGUUUGUUUUUAGCUCAUGUAAUUAAGGAUUUACAGUGAGCUUCAAAAUGGUACUUCUGCCAGUGUCUUGAUGGGCCCAGCUCUCCCGGCUGGUCUCCACUGGCUCUGUCAUCUUUUCUGACUGUCAUUUGGUUGUGACCAGCCUUUCACAGGCAUCAGUUUAGUCUCUGAGAAGCCGUCAGCAUAACACAAUCAAGUCCAAAAUGUGUAAUUAGUAAAUCAACUAAGUACAGCUCUUGAAAACAGGCAUAUUUGUACCAUUGAUUUUUGGUCAGAAAAAUCAUGAAUAACCCUACUGUUCUAAAAACGUGGAACAGCCAGCUCCAUUGAUAAAUUUUAACUCAGUGCAGUGGACAAGUGCUAGGCUUCCCAGUAUUGAAAAUAACCGUAUUUUAAUUAAUAUUCAAUAACAAGUGCUUUUUGUGGAUCAUCUUGAGCAAUUUUGUUUCUCAAGGGGUGGCACAAGGCAGAUGCUCAAUAUAAUUUGAUCAGUUAUUUGUUAAAUAUUUCUGACUAGUCCUAACCAGAAUUUGUUUAGCAUGUGAAACAGUCAUCUAGAGAAAAAAAAAAAGGAUCCUUCUUUGACUUCAUAUAUCAUCAACAUAGCAUCCUGUUUUCUCCCCCCGUUCAUCAUUUAUCCAUCCAUGAAAGCACAGGUUGCAGCAGUGAGUGAGUCAGCCAUGAGCAAUGCAGGGAGCUUCAUUCACUCAGUGAAUGUUAUUGAGCCCCUGCUGUGUGCCAGGCACAGUGCUAGGUGCUAGAAAUCGAACAUAUACCUAAACCACUUUUGUCAAUUUGUACUUUGUAGAAACCCCACUUGCAGAGCCACACUAAGCAAAAGCCUUUAACUCCAUGGCUAAGAAGCUCAUUUCUUUGUCCCUUAGACCACUGGAUCCAGAAAGUAGGUAAUAUAGUAAUAUUUAGUCAUUACUUACUUGUAAGAUCAAAUAGAAACCUUGUGAGGGAGUUUAUACCUAAUGAUAUUUAAACUUGGGAAGAAAACUGGCAGUAGAGCUUGCUGCGGGGACCAUACUACAGACAGGUGCCUUCAGGGUGCUAACGAGAGUGAGGUAUAUAUUAAUUAAUUACCUUUGUACAUUUGAUGCUGGCUGCCUUCCUGUAAGAAGUUACAAUCAGUAAGAUAAGACAGGAAGCAUCUUCUCCACCAUGAUGCAAAGAUGUGGAAAAGAGAGUUUUUCAGGCUUUGUGUUUGUCUGGCAAAGCCUCUUAAAGAAGUAGUUGUAGAAAACAGCAUGUCUGUUGUUGAAAGAGCUGAGUUUAGGCAUAGAAAACUGGGAAGAGCAGAAGAAUCAAUAACAGAGACCACAAAGGGAUGAGAGAGCAAGGAGAAAGGUGAAGGGCAGAGGCAGCCCUGGUGGCUACAGGGCAGGAGCUGCAUUCUGCAUUUCCUCCCUCCCUCCCCUCUCUUCUUCCCUCCAUUCAGUCUUUAAAAAGAUAUUUACAGGGUGGUUACUAUGUGCUAGUCACUGUGUUAGGUACUUGGAAUACACUGGGACAUAUAACAGAUAUAGUCCCUGCUCUCAAAUAACUUAGUCUUCUUAAAUGUGAGACAUGUUAAAAAAAUAAAUGCAUAAUUACAAAUUGUUGUAAAUGUUCUGGAGGCAAAGAACAAGGUGAAUGACAAGGGAGGGGUUUUAAUUUGGAUGGGAAGGUGGGGUCUGACCUGAAGCAUGAAGGAGGUAGUCAGGUGAGAAGAAUGGAAUGACAAGGGAAUGGCAGGUAU